AUGCCCCUCUUCGGCUGGACGAAGCGGCCGAAGCAUGACCCCUGCGGACCCAGCCGCCGCCCCAGCGCAGGGGGGGCGGCGCGGACGCUGCUCCGGGAGCUGCAGUGGCACCUGGAGGAGCGAGAGCGAGCGCUCCAGGAGACGGAGGGCGGGCCGCAAGAGACGAGGGCAGGCGUGGACUGGCGCUGGCUGAGAAACUACCGGGUCCCCCACACAGGCAUCCCCGCUGCCGACCAGGGACAGCUGGAGGCGCUCUGCUCGCAGGUGCAGCCCCGCCAGACCGGGGCCAUCCUCAGCAGAUUCCGGGAAGCGCUGGCAGAAAACGACGUGCCGCCCUGGGAAAUCGUCUACCUCUUCAGGCAAGUUCUGGAGGACGCCCUGGGUGGGGACAGCGGGCGCCCGGGGGGCCUGGCGCCGGGGGCCAUGGGAGGCCCCACUCAGCCUGCCUGCCCGGGGCACCGCGCCCGGAGGGCGGACAGGGAUGAGAUUCCCACCGUGUCCAGCUACGUGGACAGAAACAGGGAGGGCAGGCUCCCCGCGCUCGCACGCGGGACAUGGCACCUGCCGCGUGACCCCCGCCCAGGGGGGCUGCUGGGACUGGAGGCGUCCCGAGGCCCACCUCCGGGUGGGGGCGCUCGGCACCAGGAAUGA